AUGCCGAAUCCGCGCAAGCCUCUUCGUCCAUACUCACCGCCAAACUCUCCACCCGACGUCGUCAUUACAGUUGAAAGUGGGGACGAACACGAACAGAAUGACGGACUUGAUUUCACCCGCGUGCAUGCGGAGCUGAAUCGCCUUCUGGAGGAGGGUCUUCAAGAAUCCGAUGACGAAAUGGUCGAUGAAGCCCAAGACUGCAACACUAGCAAAGUGUACCAAGCUGACCGCACGGUCAACGAUUACAGCACUGACCGACUGAGCCGCUCUCUGUGA